AUGUCUCUGGGUUCCCCUGAUGAGGGUGUUGAACAGAGAACCAAAGAAAAACAGAACGCAAUAAGCAACAAGAUCAAAGGAAUCAAAGGAGCCACCUCUCCCAUCCACAUUGCUUGUCCGCAAGUUUACCUUUCUUUAAACCAAAUUCUCAUCAGAAAAUCAGUGUACUUGAUUACCGUUUCCAUUACAAUUCAGAAUUUCGAAGAUGCCUCCGACGAUGUUAAUAUUGUGAUGUCUUGA